AUGUCUUACGAUGAUUCGUAUAUAUCGAUGGAUGAAAUGGAGAACACACCACAAGAAUCUGGGAAUCAAAUCUCAAGCAUCAAGCAAAUGGCUUUAGAAGCAUUUAGAACAAAACAAAUCUCACAUUGGAUUCUUCUUGCUCUAAGUAGUGUAGCAAUGUUGGUGGGAUUCCCUGCUUCUUCUUUACUUUCUCGUGUUUAUUACAACAAUGGUGGGAAGAGCAAAUGGAUCAUUUCAUGGGCAGCUGGCCUUGGCUGGCUUAUUCCAGCUUUAUUAUUAGUACCCAUCUAUCUUUUAUUUGAUAUCAAUCCAACCCCUUUGAAUUUGAUGCUCAUUAUUUCUUACAUUGUAUUAGGCUUCUUAAAUUCAGUUGAUAGCCUCAUGUAUGCAUAUGCUUAUGCGUACCUCCCCGCUUCUACCGCUUCGCUUUUAGCAUCGUCAUCUCUCGUGUUCUCCGUUCUAUUCGGUUACCUUCUCGCCAAGAAUCGACUCAAUGCUUCGAUACUUAAUGCCAUCGUUGUUAUCACUGCUGCAGUUGUAAUGAUUGGUUUGGAUUCAAAUUCAGAUACAUAUGGAGACAUAACUAAUCAACAAUACAUAUUCGGUUUCGUAUGGGAUAUAUUAGGCUCUGCUCUUCAUGGACUCAUGUUUGCUUUAUCUGAGCUAAUUUUCAUCAAGUUACUUGAUAGAAAGUCUUUCCAUGUUGUAUUGGAACAACAAGUAAUGGUUUCUUUUUUCACUUUCUUGUUUUCCACUCUUGGGGUCUUUCUAAAUAAUGAUUUUCAAAACAUGAAAUCGGAGGCAGCGAGUUUCGUCGGUGGUACGUCGUCGUAUUUGCUCGUGCUUAUUUGGAGUGCAAUUUCUUGUCAGUUAGCAGUGUUGGGAGGAACUGCAAUUCUGUUUUUAUCUUCAACCAUUUUUGCAGGAGUUUUGAAUGCUGUUAGAGUACCUAUUACAAGUAUUGGUGCUGUCAUAUUCUUAAACGAUCCUAUGAGUGGCUUCAAGAUCCUCUCUUUAGUUAUCACUUUUUGGGGAUUCAGCUCCUAUAUUUAUGGCAGUUCCUAUGUAAGUAAGUCAUCUUAAUCUUAUCAUGUUCUUGUGUUUUUCGACACUCAAAUUUUCUUGAGCAUUGUGUAAUAAUAUUGAAUUGAAGAUGUUCGAGUCCAAAAGGAAAAUGUAACAUUCUUGUAUACUUUAGUUUGCUUAUUUCACAGAUGUUUUAUAGUUGUAAUGUUAAACUGUCAUAGAAAAUUUUACAAUGAUAGGUAAUAAGUGUUAGUAAUCGCUCGUUGUUAACUGUAUAGAAAAAUUAUGAAAAAACUAAAUUAUGACAAAUUGUAGAAGAGUCAUUGAUGCCCUCCUUUGAUGGUGAAUUCAAGGAAUUAAAAAAGAGUUGAGAAAAGUGUUUGUGACAUGUUUGUUUUUUUUAUCCCGUUUCAAAAUUUGUGUUAGAAUUCUCAUACGCGGUUGUCUCCAAGAUUCACAAUAUUGAUGUCGAUAGAAAUACCGAGGUCCCAAUUUCAUGGAAACAUCGAUAGAAUUAUAUAU